AUGUCGCCUGGUGUCAUGCAAGUCCUCGAGAACUCGCGUUUCUUGGGCCUCUGCUGUCUCGGUAUUUCUCCACUUCUCACUCACGCAACACCACUAACGAAAAAUACCAGGCGGCAUCGCAUCCAGGGUGACGAGUCUCGCAUGAAUCCAACUACUCUUCACAUGGCGCAAGCAGUUCGUCCAUCUCAUGUCAGAUCUUCAAAGCAUUCAAAGAGUAUUGGUAACUUUUUCAAUGCUUUCUUGGCUGUCACAAAUCCUGUUUUUGCAUAUGCAGGGCACUUCAUGCGACUUUUGGCAUGGUUCUUUAUUCUGAUAUAUAAGAUGCAUAAACCCGAGGGCACUAUGAUAAAGGCAGCAUGGUGUCUACAGGGCUUCGCUACAGUAUUCGUUUUCAGCGUAGUCAUGUAUGUCAACAUUGGAAACACAAUCCAGUCCCCGAUCCUCUUUUCUCUUCCUAUGGUAUGGGCAAAGGCAGUGUUUGCCAUUGCUCUCCCAAAUUUCCUGUGCUCUUCCGGGCUACUAAUACACUCAUCCAGCUACAAAGCUGGCACAGCUAUUGCCACAAUUCUCGCCAUCACAGUCCCAAUAUUAUCCUACCUAAUUGGCAUCGUGGCAGCCCUCUUUGCCGCAUGCACUUCCAUCUGUGUCACUGGGACUUAUGUGUCGAUAAAGCUCAUCGUCAAAGUAUACGCCAAUGGCCAAGUUGGGAAACCUUUCGUUUGCUAG